AUUCCUCCCACGUCACGUUACGUCUCGCGAUGAUUAAAUAUCUUCACCGUUAAUCUGUAUUUAAAAAAAUAUAUAUAUAUAUAAAUGAUGCAGAAAAUUAGACCUUACAAAAUAAAAACUUAUUAAUUUAUUGCUUUAAAAUGCGAACGACAAUUGUCGGAGUGGACGGUUUAAGUCGUCCUGGUUCCUUCUCGUGUCGGGGAUGAUCGUUCGUCCACUAUGUUCUAUAAACACGCAGAUGAUUAAAAGAAUUUUUAUUGGUCGGUGCAGACGGGAGAGAAGAAGGGUGGAUAAAACGGCGCAGUCUCGCGUAAGACGCGAUACAAGAUAGCAUGGCGUCGAACGAUCCUCUAGUUUAUUCUGUGAGAAAGAUGGAGGAAAAAGAUAUACCUCAAGUAGUCGAUAUUUGGAAGGAAACCGGAUUAGCCGAAGGAGUACAUUGUGUCGAUUCCUGGUUCGGAUUCGAUCCCGACGGUUUCUAUGUUGCCGCCAAUGAUGAAGGUUUCGUUUAUGGCGUUUGUUCAGCAGUCAAUCUAAAUCAAAAUCUAUCGUUUUUGGGUUUAUACGCAGUCAGAAAUGAAUAUCAGAAGAAGGGCAUUGGCUUAAAAAUUUGGAAAGUCGCCAUGGAACACGUAGGAGAGAGAAAUGCCGGUCUCAAUUCAGUUCCAGAACAUCUGCACACUUACAGGGAUCUGGCAGGAUUUUCCAUAGUCACAAAAUGGCAAUCAAUAGUUUACGAAUCGAACGAUAUCUAUCCUGACAAACUACUCAAGAGCCUGAAAUCCGUAGAAGUGAAAACCAUUGACGAAUCCAUAUUAGACGACGUUAUCGAUUACGACUGUAAAGUGCACGGUUUCGAUAGAUCGAAAAUUGUUCGAUUAUCAACCAACGAAACUGGAAGUGUAGCAGUAGCUGCCAAAACCGAGCGUGGUGUAUGCGGAUACGGUUCCAUCACUAAAAAUAUACAAGGAACAUCGCUGGUAGGACCAUUGUAUGCCGAUAGUAGAGAAGUAGCCGAAAUAUUAUUAUGGCACUUAAUCCAAAAGUUUCCUACCACGUUGGAGGAUGGCUUGACCAUGAUGGCCAUAGAUUGUAAUCCCCACGCUGUCGAAGUUGCAAACACACUGGGAUUGAAAAAGAUGAUGGAAGUGCCCAGGUGCUAUCGAAAAAACGAAGUGGCUGCCAAUUUUAAUAAGAUCUAUGGGCAACAUGCGCUUAACUUCUCUACUUUCUAGAUCAAAGUAUAAAUAUAUUAUUAUAUAUUAUAUUUUGUCGAAAGAAUUAUUAUUUUCGGCGAUUAAAUUAAAAAAAAAAUCGUUCGAUGUCGAAUAUUAUUUGUUGUUGUUUCAAAAAUAUAUUUUUAAUGUUGAAUUGUGCAUACAGUCAUCUAUUUAUUCCUAAUAUGUAU